UAAUCGUUUGGUUGGCCUGCAAACCGUCUCUACGACAACGCUGCUCCAAAGUAUAAACAACAAUUGUGUUGCCAAUUUGAGAAGACAAUGAAAACCGAAACCACUUGAAUUGAACGUUUUUUGAGUUCUUUUGUGGGGCUUGCAAACUGAUCCAAAGUGCAACGGUGUGUGACAAAAACACAAAGUCAAAUUGAAAAAAAAAACCAAAGAUUCGUUCAUGAUGGCAUCAGGUUUGGAGCGGGUAAACGAAAAUGAGAUGAAAGCCAUGGAUGCCAAUCGGUAUGCCACCAAGAAGACGAUCGCCCAGGGCAUGCUGGAUAUCGCUUUGUUGACCGCCAAUGCAUCCCAGUUGAAGUACAUCCUCCAAGUGGGCGAGCAGCACCAGUUCUACAAGCUAAUGCUGAUCCUGAUCAGUCUAUCCAUAGUGUUGCAGGUGGCUGCUGGAAUACUGCUGGUCAUCCAGUCACUAAUCAAUAUGCAUAAUCCCAAGGAUCGAAGUCUGGGCUUCACAAUCAAUCACUUUAUAGAUGCAUUCAUAUUCCUGGCAGUGUUCUGUGACAUUAUGAAGAUGAAUUUCGGCAUCGAUCCGGCUGUGCCACACAGAAGUGAUGAUGCGGAGCUUGUGAAGCCUUAAAAAAAUAUAUAUCGCGUAGCUGUACUUUUGGCAUAUGUGAUCGGCGUAGCCUCAGACUUAUACUUAUACUUAAACAUUUUACAUAUAAAUUUUUAUCAAAGAAAGUAAAAUUUAAGUUAAGCUGUGUUUUAGUUUCUCACCACAGAUUCAUCAGACCAGAUUUAGUUGCCUCUUUCAGAGUUUUAUAUUGUUAUUUGUGGACUGUAGUUUCGAAAGCCAAAAAAUUUCAACGUAUAUUUACUAAGAUUUCAAAUUAAUUACGAUGCCACGUUCAGAAGCGGGCGACAGGUAAGCUGUACUUUGAAUUCGAUAGGCUCCCGCCAGC